AAGAUAUCCUCAAAAUCCAGCCAGUUUGAGUCAGUGAAGUCAGUCCACUGGAUCGGCAGCAUCACUCCGACAAAAACAAACUUUUGAAGGGCAACCGCUCUCCGCUGUUUCUUACAGUUUCGGCCGUGAGUCUUGCAUUCUGCUGUGAAUCCUCGAGGGACAGUUUUGGAGUUGAGGGCCCACUCGGUCUAGUGUGGUCUAGCAUCCAUUGUCAUUAAGAAGUAGAACAGAAGCAACAAAGCAAGCUGGACGGAGGAGAGGUGAGGGAGGACGAGGGCGCUGCCUUCGUCCUGAGACACAGAAUCUGCUCCAGCAACAAUACUGACCCCACCCACACAUCCACCUCAGACAGCCAGGACACCAUGCGUCCCGGCACAGAACACAGAUCAACCGGCCCCGCACAGAAUGGGUGCCUUACUGUGAGGAGGGCAGUACAUGAAGACAGAGAGGAAACAACAGACAGAGAAGAGGAGGAGGAGGAGGAGGAAGAAGAAGAGCAGGAGAAGAAGAAGAGGGGCUCUGAUGAAGGCCUUCUGCUGCAGGCGCACCACGCCAUGGAGAGGGUGGAGGAGUUUGUGCACAAGAUGUGGGAGGGCAGAUGGCGUGUAAUUCCUCACGACGUCCUUCCUGAUUGGCUGAAGGAUAAUGACUUCCUGUUGCACGGGCACCGGCCGCCUAUGCCCUCAUUCAGAGCGUGCUUCAAGAGUAUCUUCAGAAUCCAUACAGAAACAGGCAACAUUUGGACCCAUCUUCUGGGCUGCCUGUUCUUUCUCUGUCUGGGCAUUGUGUACAUGUUCAGACCCAAUAUGUCAUUUGUGGCACCAUUCCAGGAGAAGAUCGUCAUCGGCAUGUUCUUCUUGGGGGCAAUCCUCUGCCUGUCCUUCUCCUGGCUCUUCCACACUGUGUACUGCCACUCAGAGGGGGUGUCCCGUGUAUUCUCAAAGUUGGAUUAUUCAGGCAUUGCGUUCCUGAUCAUGGGCAGUUUCGUUCCGUGGCUGUACUACUCUUUCUACUGCUCCCCUCAGCCCUGUUUCAUCUACCUGUUUGUGGUGUGUAUACUGGGGAUAGCCGCCAUCACCGUAUCACAGUGCGAUUUCUUUGCCACGCCACAGUACCGUGGAGUCAGAGCUGGUGUUUUUGUAGGUCUGGGCCUCAGUGGAGUUGUCCCUUCGCUGCACUUUGUGAUCACCGAGGGCUUCCUGAAGGCCACCACCAUGGGUCAGAUGGGCUGGCUCUUCCUCAUGGCUGUCUUGUACAUCACCGGAGCCUGCCUUUACGCAGCACGCAUCCCUGAGAGAUUCUUCCCUGGCAAGUGUGACAUCUGGUUCCACUCCCACCAGCUGUUCCAUAUCUUGGUGGUGGCAGGUGCGUUUGUACACUUUCAUGGCGUGUCCAAUCUGCAGGAGUUCCGCUAUACUGCUGGAGGAGGCUGUGCAAAGGACGGUGCUGUGUGAGCCUUGUGCCCUGCGGUGCUGACAUGCACCACUAGAGGGAGACAAAGUAUCUUUGCCGCCAGUAACCGCUCUGUCUCUCCUACUCAUGAGGGGUAAACCAAGGAGGACAACACUAAAAGACAGUCACCCACCCUUAUUUUCCUCUCCUUUUUCUUUUGUUCUCUGUUUUGCCCUUAAAUCUUCAUGGGAUAAGAUGGACAUAUGUUGAGGAUGGAAAUUUGAGUUUCCUAAGAUCAUAUAUUUAUGAGACCGUUUUCUCUAUUGCUGUUUGAGGGUAUUUUUUUUUUUGUUGUAAAAGGGGGGACAUUGAAAAGAACUUGUGUGAACGUUUCUUGGUGAACUUUUUUUAUGUAAAUAAGAUUUCUAAAUUUGGAUUAUAUAGAUUUGUAUGAAACAAAGUUAUAAUUUUUUUUUAAAUAAAGAAAUAAAUAUAAUUAUAUUGUUUAAUAGAGGUAAAAAAACAAAACAAAAAAAACAGUAAUAUAGCAGAAGUGUCACAGCCAGGAGGGAAAUGCUGUGCAAAACAUUUAAGACAAAGAAGAUGAUCUGCAGAGUAAACCAUAUUGUUCAAGCGCCAUAAUGUUUAUGUGGACUAGUGGAUUUGGUGAGGGUGACGUCACCAAACAUGGUUUCUGAAGAGGUCAACCAGAUGGCUGAGUUUGCUGUUGUCCUGAGUUUGCUCACAGCUGUGAGAGCUGACAGUUUUCAGCAUCCUGUAGGAUGCUGAAAAGCCAUACGCCUGUCGAGCCACCCAGGGCCUAAACAAGGGUCAGAACACAGCACUAACUUACCCCACAGGCCUUUGUAUCUCUGUCAGGGUGGUUUUCUUUCCAUGCAGAAGGAUGAUUUCCCUCUCUCUCUCUCUCUCUCUCUCUCUCUCUCUCUCUCUCUCUCUCUCUUUUGUUCUUGUUUUGGAUGUGAUUCAACCUAGUUUGAAAUAAAACAAAUUGUGAAACACUUGCAAUUUUCAAGUUCACAACAGUGCAAGGAUGCUUUCAUUGUGUAACAUUCUGUACUUCACCAUCUGUACAUGAUCUAAUUUAUUAAAGAGUUUUCAUGGAAACAUUAUAAUGUGCUGCAAUUUUCCACAAUUAAACAUGGGCAGUGUUUUAGUGUUCUGGGAUUUUUACAUGAAUUGAUAUUUGUUUUAAUUUGAAAUGAAUAAACAGAAGAAACUAUCA